GGGAAAAACACCGGGGGAGAAAAAACUGUCAUGUUUUGACAAGGAAACAAGUGAAAGAGAAAAGUCCGACAUCUUGCGGUGUGAAUAUUAACCAACGCAAUUUGUCCAUCUUCACUUAAAGUAAAAAUAAGCGCUCAGAUUGACCCUGCUUUUUUGUCUUAUUCCUGCCUGAGCCCCCAAACUCGGAGCCACAUCGUCAGCACAUCAUCAUGGCGGGUCGACCCAACGGGCCGGCCGCAGGGAAUAAGAUCUGUCAGUUUAAGCUGGUUCUGCUGGGCGAGUCAGCCGUGGGGAAGUCCAGUUUGGUCCUGCGCUUUGUCAAGGGCCAGUUUCACGAGUACCAGGAGAGCACCAUUGGAGCGGCGUUCCUCACACAGACAGUGUGCCUGGAUGACACGACAGUCAAGUUUGAGAUUUGGGACACAGCCGGACAGGAACGCUACCAUAGCCUGGCCCCGAUGUACUACAGAGGAGCUCAGGCAGCCAUCAUCGUCUAUGACAUCACUAAUAAGGACACAUUUGUGCGAGCGAAGAAUUGGGUAAAUGAGCUGCAGAAACAGGCAAGUCCCAACAUCGUCAUCGCUCUGUCUGGGAAUAAAGCUGACCUCGCGAACAAGAGAGUCGUUGAGUUCCAGGAAGCACAGGCGUACGCUGACGAUAACGGCCUGCUGUUCAUGGAGACGUCGGCCAAAACUGCCAUGAACGUCAAUGAGAUAUUUAUGGCCAUUGCGAAGAAGCUGCCGAAGAACGAGCCUCAAGCUGGAGGAGGUGGGGCUAGUGGGCGGGGUCGAACAGGUGUGGACCUCCAAGACUCCACCCACCAGAGCUCCACAGGCAAAUGCUGCAAUUGAUUCUGGUAGUAAAAGGUCCAAACAGAGACACAGAAGACCAGCACCUGGGAUUUAUAGUGGUGGUGAUGAUGAUUCCUUCAGAGAUUAUGUUCUUGAUCACUUUUUCCUAAAGAAAUCAUAUAAGCUAGCACUUCCUCUUUCUCUUUCACUUCCUGUCUGGUUUAUCCAUAUUUUAUGAAAAUACUAACAUGAUUUAUGUCUCAAGGCUCGUUUUUAAAACAUGAUAAAACAGCGGUGAGGUUGUUUCUGUGGUGGGUCGUGUGUGUAUGAGCGCACGCCACUUUUCCUUCCUCCCCCAUGUUAAUCUUGUCCUUUGUUGCAUAACGAUCUUAAUGAUGAGCUCAUGGUGGGAAUCUUUCACCCAAAUCAUUUUGUACACAAGUGAGUAUUGUUUUUAUUGCAAUGGUGGACAUCACGGCAUUAUUAUUGGGGUUGUGUGUGUGUGUGUGUGUGUGUGUGUGUCCGUCCGUGUGUGUGUAUGUGUGCGCGCGCGCAUUACCUCUGACACCUGAAGAAACAUUUUUAACAUUGUGGUUUUUUCAAUCUGUAAAGAGGGAAAUAAAAAAAAAAAAAAGCAAUGGAAAAA